CGAACCGCUUGAAGUGAUACACCAUACAUGUAAACAUGGCAGCUUGCACGAGGAGUUUCCGCAGAGUUUUAAUUGCCUGUCACAAAUCUUUGCUCAUCAGUAACGGCCAUAGUUCCACAAAUGUUUCUCAGAUUGUACCUAAACAAGUUCCCUUCCGUCAGUUUGCUGCAGUAAAAGCUGUGAAAAAAGAACAGAAGGAACAAAAAGAUGAAAAGGAGAAGGUGAUGAAGGAGAGAAAGAUAGAUGACACCAAUCGACAUAAACCCUUUGGACUGACUGCAUGGGAACCUAUAGAUGAUGUGUAUAUAACACGAUUUUACCCAAAGCCUGUCUAUGAUGCAGAGACAGCAAUCGGAAUGCUGAAGAAGUUCCAACAGUUAGACUUUACCUACCCAAAGCAGCCUCUUUACAUUGACUUGAAGCUUGAUAUGAAGCUGGAGAAAAAGAAAAAGGUUGACCCGUUUGUCAGUACGGUUCACUUACCACAUUCUUUCAAGACAGAAGUGAAUAAAGUUGUAGUAUUUACAGAGAAUGCAGAAGAUGCUAAAGUAGCCAAGGAGAAUGGAGCUGCUUUCGUAGGUGGAGCUGAACUUGUGCAAAAGAUUUUGGAUGAUGAAAUUCAAGCAGAUUUUUAUGUGGCAGUGCCAGACAUUCUCCCCAGACUGUCAACCCUAAAAAACAAGCUCAGAAAAAAAUUUCCUAAGAGCAAGAGAGGUUCUGUUGGAACAAACAUUCCUAAAAUGCUUGAGCUGUUUAAGACUGGCCAUGAAUACCUGGUGGAGAAAGAUUGCUAUGUUCUGACAAAAGUGGCUACGUUGGAUAUGCCUAAAGAACAGAUAAUUGACAACCUGGACACAAUCAUCAAGGAUGUAUGCUCACACAGGCCUUUGAACUUGGGCCCAUUUAUUGAGAGAGCAAUCAUUUGCAGUGCAACCAGCGAAGCAUUACAUUUCAAGAUUGAACAGUUUCUUCCAAAAAUUGAGGAGGAGGACGAGAUAUGAGGACAGGGCUGAAAUCAUGCUUGUAAUUUCUUUUUUCAUUACUAUGAUCUGUAAAAAUACUGUCAUAACAUAAUAAAAUGUAUCAGUGUG